CACCACCAACUUCUGAUAGCAUGCUUUCUUAUCGAAUAGCUAUAGUUGCUGCCAACGCCUCUUGAAAUGAUCGACGCUUCCACCAUCCAUUUCCAUUGCUCACCGCGCAUCCUCUACCAAUAACCGCGGUCGGAGGCGCAGCCUCUCGUUGUGGGAGGUUCAUCGCAUGGUCCUCAGCUCUGAAUGAGAGUGGAGGGGGAUGCAGAAGGAUUCGUAAACUCCACAGGACCCGUGGAAUAUGUAGAAUGAGCCCCUAUCUGCGAACUGUGGUUGUAUUCGUAGUGGUUCACAGCCCGGUGAAUGAAAGACGGAGAGAUUGCAGCUUGACGCACUACAUUACUUUGGAGUAGAUUUGACGCGUGAUCGUUGCAAGAUUCUGUGCUCGACUGCCGACUGUUGAGGCGCGUGUCGUUCAGGUGACACACACACGGUUAACUUUACGGACUGUGUAUCAUUUAUCUACGAUCUAAUCGGGAGCAAGUGGAUGUAGUCUACAUGGGAUCCCUAAAAUGACGAUCAUGUGGAUUUAUUGAACUGUCACUCAUUAUUUCUGCGUGCAUUUAUAGAGAUUGAGAAAAUAACCCCAUAAAUAAAUCUCAGUAGAAAUUCAUGCACGCUUUGUGAAUCUGACUCAGUUGGAUAGACAUAAUCAUGGACUGUCAUCAGACGAAGAAUGUGCCAAUGCAUUGUAUGAUCCACAAUCGUAGCGAUUGGAAUUGACAUAGCCAGUCUACGCGGGCCGGAGAAGUAUGGAGAGACGGGUCUAGAUUCACUGGUUCGGAUUCACGCGUUAAGAGCGCACUUUGGAAACUAGUGUUUUGCUCGGAAACUUUUAUGCCGGAGUCCGACGCACACAAAGAUGACAGCAAACCGCUGUAAACACCACUAUAAAAUUGCAUGAACACAGAAAAUAUAGGUUUCUAAGUAAAUCAUAUGGGGGCUUGCUUAUGGAAAUACACUCGAUCAAUUGCUUAUGAUAAAAACAAUACCUUUUAGCGGUAAAUGUAAUGAGCAUGGAAUGAGUCUCCCAUAUGGGAAGGUGACCUUUAUCGCAAGUGAUGACAUGUUCAUCAAGAAGUGCGACUCAGAGGCCCUUGAGAAUUAAAUAACAGUAUUUUGCAUGAUUUCUCUGGGAUAUGAUGUAAAAGUACCACAUUCUACUUUCUAGGUAAGGAAAAAAGUGACCCUUCAUCGGAUGGCUUCCAAUGCCUCUCCAACUUUGGCUUUUAUCCACACGAAUAAUGAUUUCUGUUAGUUAAGUGGCCCCAAAGCUAUUCGGAUCAUUUAGGAUGCUGUGUUUACAUCGUGUUCAUCCGGGUGAGAGGGCAUCAAUCAACGCUGGAAGCUUCGAAAACCAACAGUAUCGCAGGUGUUUGUUACAAAAGUGACUCAGACCAGCAGCAUGCUUACCUGUGGAUAAGAGUGAGCCCCGUGGGUUGAGUGUGGACCCCCACGUCCUCCCUGCUCCUUCUCCUGCCUCGGUUCCCAUCAUCUUCAGCCCUACUGUCCACAUGCAGGCCAAGAAGAGGUACCUGGUCGUGUCUCUAGGGGCCUGUCUUCUUCUGGUUGCCUACCUGUGGGGACUUCAGAUUGGGGAGUUCCAUCAUCAAAACCACCACCAGUACCUCUUCAGAGUCGCCCAGAGCCCCGGCCUCAGCCUGCUCAGACAGCGUUGGCCUGAGUGGACCCACCCGCUCAACACCUACCUGGAGGACGGAGAGCAGGAGGCAGACAGCCCUCUGCUCCACCACCAGCACACCUCUCCCAGGGAGAGGCGGGAGAUCCGCAACAACAUCUACAAGAGCAGGAGAUGCCGCAUGGACACAUGCUUCGACUUCAGCCGCUGCCAGAGGGGGUUCAAGGUGUACGUCUACCCCCUGCUGAAGGGGGAGACGGUGUCUGAGAGCUACCAGAAGAUCCUGACAGCUGUCGAGGAUUCCCGCUUCCACACCACAGACGUCAACGAGGCCUGUCUGUAUGUGCUGGGCAUUGACACUCUGGACCGGGACCAGCUGUCCAGCCAGUACAUUCACAAUGUCAAGGCUAAAGUACAGAGCCUCCCAACGUGGAAUGACGGGAGGAACCACCUCAUUUUCAACCUCUACUCUGGCACCUGGCCAUAUUACACGGAGGAGCUGGGCUUUGAUAUUGGCCAGGCCAUUUUGGCCAAAGCCAGCAUUGAUAUGGAUAAUUUUAGGCCAUACUUUGAUGUGUCCAUUCCUUUGUUUUCAAAAGACCAUUCCCAAAAAGGAGGGGACAAGGGUUAUUUGACACUCAAAAAUGUCCCUCCAUCAAGGAAAUAUUUACUGGUUUUCAAAGGGAAGAGGUAUCUGACUGGUAUCGGUUCAGAAACCAGAAAUGCUUUAUAUCAUAUUCACAAUGGGGAAGAUAUCAUUCUACUGACCACCUGCAAGCAUGGGAAGGACUGGGAAAAGCAUAAGGAUGCAAGAUGCGACCGGGACAAUGAAGAAUACUCCAAGUUUGACUACCAGGAGCUGCUCCACAACUCCAGCUUCUGCCUGGUGCCCCGCGGUCGCAGGCUGGGUUCCUUUCGCUUUCUUGAGGCCCUCCAGGCUGCCUGUAUACCUGUCAUACUGAGCAACGGCUGGGAGCUGCCUUUCUCUGAGAUCAUCGACUGGAGCAAAGCGGCUGUCAUCGGGGACGAGAGGCUCCUACUGCAGGUUUCUUCAAUUACCAGAUCUGUGGACCAUGACAAAAUAUUGGCGCUCAGGCAGCAGACUCAGUUCCUCUGGGAUGCUUAUUUUUCUUCGGUAGCAAAAAUAGUAUUAACUACGUUAGAGCUAAUCCAAGACAGAAUAAAUUCACACAUAUCCAGGAACAAGUUGAUGUGGAAUUCGUUGCCUGGUGGACUGUACGUUCUGCCUCAGUUCUCCACCGACGCUGCCGUGUUCCCCUUCUAUUACUCCUCACUGGGGAAGAGCCCGUCCCAGGAGUUCACUGCUGUUAUCCAGGCUGUGACUCCUCUCCAGUCUCAGCUGCAGCCCGUAGUCAAGCUCAUCAUCGCAGUUGCCAAAUCGAAGUUCUGUGCACAGAUCAUUGUGCUGUGGAAUUGUGACAAGCCUUUACCUCCGAAGAGCAAGUGGCCCUCCACCACCGUGCCUAUCACUGUCAUUGAGGGAGAGAGAAAGGUUGACUUUGCCUUCAUCGUCUGGCACAGUUUCCCAGACAGGAUCGUGGGCUACCCAGCACGCAGCCAUUACUGGGACAGCAGCAAAUCAAGAUGGGGCUACACCUCCAAGUGGACUAACCAGUACUCCAUGGUGCUCACAGGGGCUGCGUUCUAUCACAGGUAUUAUCACUACUUGUACACUCACUACUUGCCAGCCAGCCUUCUCACCAUGGUGGACCAGAUGGCCAACUGUGAGGAUAUCCUGAUGAACUUCCUGGUGUCUGCUGUCACUAAGCUCCCACCAAUCAAAGUCACCCAGAAGAAGCAGUACAAGGAGACAAUGAUGCAGCAGGGUUCUAAGACGUCCCGGUGGGCCGACCCGGACCACUUUGCCCAGAGACAGACGUGUAUGAACUCGUUCAGCAGCUGGUUUGGGUUCAUGCCCCUGCUGCACUCCCAGAUGAGACUGGACCCUGUGCUGUUCAAGGACCAGGUCUCCAUUCUGAGGAAGAAGUACAGGGACAUCGAGAGGCUGUGAACCCAACACACACAAACUCAUACACACAGAAGAAACUUGAGUGGUGUGGGUUUGGGCCAAAUCUCCUUCCCAGCUGCAAGUGAAAAGAACUGCCUUUUUUGACCAGCCUGUUCAGUCAGUCAGACUGUCCGAACCAUAUGUGAAAUCUCUACAGAGUAAUUUAUUAUGAAAUAUGCAACACCAGGACUGUUACCCAGAGGUAAUGAUCUUGGCUAUUGAAGAUGAUUCAUCUUCCAUGUCAGUGAGUUGGACUGUGUCGAUGUUGUCGUCGUUGUUGUCAAAAAAAAUAAUAUUGUGACUUUUCACACGCUUCAACAUCAGACAGAUUGUCGUUGUCAAUUCCUUCUCUGACAGAGGAACCAGGAAGUCAGGUCACAAAAGCCUGCAAUGUGCACUCCUGUUUGGUUUCAGAUAUUUUCUGUGGCAGUGUGAUCUUAAACAAAAAUGAACACAGUGCAUUGUGUUUGUCCUCCAUGAGAUCUAUAAAGUUUUUCUCUAACAUUGUAUAUGUUGCUUUCCAUUAUUCAUUUCUGGGGCUUAUUGGGCUUUCAAUUUGGAAUUGUUCGAUUUUUUUUUUUUUUUGGUUGCUUCGUUCUCCUAUGAGCUUUAAAUUGCCAAAAAAGCUAAUCUGAUAAAAUAUGCUGAAAUGUA